AGACAUUCAGUGCUUUCAUUCAUUUCAUUGCUUUUGUGUCAAACAAACCAUUUGUUCAGACAUUUUGGCCUUCAUUUCAAUAACUAAUUUGUAAACUCCAACCGAUAAUGUCAUCGACCAGAUAUCCACAGAUUGGCCGCCCGGCGCCCGACUUCAAAGGUACGGCAGUAGUGGACGGACAGUUCAAAGACAUCCAAUUGAGUGACUUUAAGGGCAAAUAUGUUAUACUAUUCUUCUAUCCGCUCGACUUUACAUUUGUCUGCCCGACGGAGAUCAUUGCAUUCAGCGACCGAUCGGAUGAGUUCCGCAAAACCAAUUGCGAAGUGAUUGCCUGUUCGGCUGACAGUCACUUCAGUCACUUGGCCUGGGUGAACACAUCGCGAAAAGAGGGAGGUUUGGGUAGUAUGAAGAUCCCGCUAUUGGCCGACAAAUCGGCAAAAAUAUGCCAGGAUUAUGGCGUCUAUUUGACCGAUGCGGGAAUUCCUCUACGCGGACUGUUCAUCAUUGAUGACAAACAAAACCUCAGACAGAUUACUAUCAAUGAUCUGCCCGUUGGCCGCAACGUUGAUGAAGCCCUGCGAUUGGUUCAGGCAUUCCAGUUCACUGAUGUUCACGGAGAAGUUUGUCCGGCCGGUUGGAAACCCGGCUCCGAUACUAUUAAACCCGAUGUCGAGAAAAGCAAAGAGUUUUUUGGUAAACAUUGAAACAACAAGUGUUUGUGUUUGUCGACAAUUGCACCGAUCAUUUGAGAAGCCAAUUAAAGCACAUGUUUUACUGUUAAAUAGUUUUUUUUGUUUGUUUUAAUCAAAAUUGUAUUUUUCCUGUUAAUUAUCAUUGUAUAAGAAAAUUGUUGAGAAAAAAAUUAAUUAUUUACAAUCAAAGUUAGUUAUGACAUUGCUUUAUUUAUAAUGAAUGAAAGCUAUUUUUACAUAUAUAUAUAUUAAACUUAAUUAAGUUGUGCUGAAUAAAUUUCAAUUUUAAUU